AAACAAUCCGCCCACACUCGACGCAGUUAUUAAAUAUGCUUCAGGUUUGUUUGUUUGUUUGUUUGUUUGACCUUAGAGCAAACAAUCCGCCCACACUCGACACAGUUAUUAAAUAUGCUUCAGGUUUGUUUGUUUGCGCGAUUUUUUCUCCGUACUAUUUGUUGUAGACGGUGCUGUCAAUACCGUAAUGCUUCUAAAUAGGUAACCACCGAAAUCCGUUCACUUGCAUUGAAAUACACAGACACAGAUACACAGAGGAGCCCCCCCCCCACCAAUCUCAGAGUGCUCCUCCACGACUUUCCUCCCGGCAAUGUCGAGAGUGACGGCCCCGGUUUCGACGUGACCCAAAACUUCUCUCCCGCAGUUCCUCCUCUCUCUGCACCAGUGCCGCCUUCUCCUGGGGACUCUUCCAGCUAGUGGCGUCCACGUUGAAGAAAUCUCGCUCGUCAUCUAGUACGUGCGUCCGCUGGGCACUGCACGUGGCAUAAUACACAACAGUAAGGACGGAUAGUAGAAGGAAAAAUAUACAGUGGAUAAAUCGAGAACAGGCUAAAAAGUACUGUGGGACAAACAGUGAUAGAAUUGUGUAUUAGUUUGUUUCCUUAUGUUCCUUUAAACACUUAUUUGUAACUGUAGCAUUUGCACUAGAAGUCCAUCCAGACAAGCCACUAUUUUACAACUGAAGGACAUGGGUUUCAAAGUCGACGUUCCAGCUGGUGGCCAUCAGUAGCAGAGGUCCAGUGACCAUGUACAUCCAGGCCAGUCUCAAGGGAGACUAUCAGUUUCCAGAUGAUGGUGUCAUUGUCAGUGGAGUCUACUCUCUCUCCCUCUAUCCUCCCGUGGAGAAAUUUGACAAAAAAGUCACUAUCACCCUCCAGCACUGUGCCUGUGUGGAUGAUGAUGAUGAAGAAGCAGCACUGUCCUUCUACACUGCCAAAGACACACCACCUUACAUCUUUGAGCGUCUACCAGGAGGAUCCUUCUCUGAGUCUGGAGAGGCUUCCAUCGAUGUUAGCCACUUCACUUUGUUCACAGUGUUUGGAAAGAAGCCACUUAAAUACGCCAUUUGCACUUACUACGUGCCCAAGCAGCUCAAUAUACACGAGGCCCAUAUAACAGUCACUCUAAAGAAAGAACUGCUCAUGGAGAAGGUGAAGCAGUUGUAUAAGGAGCAAAAAGCCGAAAAAGGUCCAGUAGUCCCAAUGGUGAAGUUUAUGUCUGGCGAAGAACAGAUCACGCUGGACCUGGACACUUCGGAGGAGACCUGGAGCAAAGAUGGGUGGAGUCUGUGUCCUCUCUCCUCUUUCUGUGUACCAAAAGAAGCACUGGAUGACUAUAAUGGAGGACCAGCAGUCCCAGCCUUUCAACUGCAGCUGAAAAUGAUUCCUUCUGGCACACCCACUGCUCUUGUCCAGAGAGUGGGAUUUGUAGGAGUCACACCUAAAGACAGCUUCGUUACUAUCACCAAGGAACCAAGGACAGAGGCUUUGCCCAGUCAGAGAGUGGAGAUGGCAAUUACUGAGACAGAGAGUGUAAACAGCAGCAGUAAAGGUAUUACACAUGUAUGUAAGAAUGCAGUGGGUCCGAGUCCGGAGUAUGAAUGUGAGAUAAUGCUGUGGGCAGCUAUAUAGUACUACAAAAGUAUGUAGUAUACUGCUGUAUUGGUAGAUCCAAAACUGAGUUGGUAUAGGAGC